CCACAUGGCAGAUGACGUACAGAAAUUCGUCACCUCGUGUGCUACAUGCCAGCGGAUGAAGAGCAGCAAGCAGAAAAAAACAGGAUUACUGCAGCCUCUUCCUAUCCCAGAACAGCCAUGGCAAGUGGUCAGCCUAGACUUCAUCAGUGGGCUACCAACUACCACAAGCGGUCAUGACGCGAUCCUCGUCGUCAUUGACAAGUUUUCCAAGAUGGGACACUUCAUCCCGACACACACGACAGCACGCACCGAGGAGACGGCACAACUAUUCGUUCGAUACAUCAUCUCACAACAUGGCAUCCCAACCACACUCAUCUCCAACCGAGACCCCAAGUUCACCAGCAAGUUCUGGAAGGAACUAAUGACUCUACUCGGAACCAAACUCGCCAUGUCAUCCGCUUACCAUCUGUGGACAGACGGACAGACCGAGCAUCUCAACCAAAUUGUAGAGCAGCUCCUCUGUGUGGCAUGCAAGGACGACAUCUCCAAAUGGGACUUGCAUCUACCCGUCUUGGAGUUUGCCUACAACGACGCCACUCACGAGGCUACUGGACAGACGCCGUUCUUCCUCUGUUACGGACGCCACCCGCUCACACCACAGCAACAAACCGCACCCGCCAUAGUCCAACCCGCACACGACUUCAUCACAACCAUGCACCAGCUUUGGGAUCGGACCCACAAGUGCCUUCUCGACAUUCAGCAACAACAGAAGCGUCAGGCCGAUCGCCACCGCAAGGACCACACUAUAACCGUGGGAGAUCGCGUUCUGCCCGACACGCGCGAUCUUGACAUCAGCCACCUCCCAUCCAAACUGCGAAAUCGCUUCUGCGGGCCUUUUCUCGUUGAGGCACAGGUCACUCCUAUUACCUUCUGCUUACGUUUACCAGCUACUUGGAAGAUUUACAAUGCCUUCCAUGUCCAACUCUUGAAGCCAUACCGAGACCCCAACACGGUCUUCACCAGAUGCCAACCGCCGCCGCCGCUGCCCGUCCUCGUCCAUGAUGAACCCGAGUACGAGGUCGAGUCCGUGCUUGCUCACCGCCAUCGUCAAAAUGGCACCGUGGAGCUUCUCAUCCGCUGGAAGGGUUAUGAUCCUUUUGAAGAUAGCUGGGUCUUUGAAUUCGACAUGGACAAUGCUCUUACCUGAUGUACUUCAGUAAUAUAAAUGCACGUUGUAU